AUGUGGUUUUCGGGAAAGGGCAAGCAGUCUGAUUAUAGCAAGACAAAAAUUGGUGUUGAUCUCCAAUCGAUUUGCCGAGGAUGCACGCAAAUUGAGAUCCUACUGGACCUCCAUUCAGAGUCGCGCAAGAAAGGUACACCGUCCCCGACUGGUCGUCUGCCUUUUCAUAACGACUUCGCCGAGCUCUCAGAAUGCGCGAAGAGAUGUCACACUUGCCGCGUGUUUCGCCAAGCGAUUAUUGCUCGAUGCGCGACUACUGGCGAGGCCAAUACCCUUGCUGUGACCACAAGGCAUUGCCCUGUGUAUGUGCGCCCCAUCUUCAACUACCAAGGGGGGAAUACUCCAGAAAACACCCCAGGGGAAAGUCUGGAGAGCACUGUCGACUUCAAGGUUGAAAUACUGAACCAUUCGGACAAAUCUGUCCUUAUCCCAACCUCUUCGACGGCUCAAUCCUCUCUCAAUCUCCCCGAAAAUCCCAAUUCUCAAUGGAUAGCACGGCAAAUAAGAAGCUGGGCUGGGACAUGCCAUCAAGAUCACAAGCAAAGCUGUUCAGUCUUGCGAUGGUCUUCAGAGAACCCUACGAGGCUGAUUCGUAUAGUCUCUGAGUCAGAGCUGCAAUUAUGUUCCAUUGAUGAGCAGGUACAAUAUGCUGCCCUCAGCUACUGCUGGGGGUCGCAAUUCCUGACGGAGAAAGACACUAAACUUUUGCACGAAGGAAUGACUACCUUGGAGAACCUAGAACAGCGGUACCAGGCAUUCUCAAUCUUGGACCUCCCUGUCACCCUCCGUGAUGCCAUCACAAUCUUCAGACGUGCAGGGCUAGCCUAUGUAUGGAUUGACUCCGUGUGCAUUAUUCAAGGCCAAAGCAACAUGUCUGAUUUCAUGCGUGAAGCACCGAGGAUGCAUAGCUAUUACGGUAAUGCUUUCUUUACCCUAGCAUUGUGUUCCAACUCCAAAGCGACUGAAGCCAUAUUGUCUCCUCGCUCUGCUUAUUCCCAGGUCACUCAGUCCUGUCAUCUCCGUGGGCGAUAUUUACUCCCUCCUCUUAUCACGUUGGCUGAGAUUCUGAGGUCCUCCCCUUUGACCAAGCGAUCCUGGACGUUACAAGAAGAGCAUUUAUCACCGAGGGUGCUAUAUUGGACACCCAACAAAAUUUACUGGUCCUGCGCUGACGCCCAACUAACUGAGACUGCGAUUCCUGCAACAAAGUAUAAACUGAGCGGCUUCAAUACAGACUUGCCCCAAAGCUUCCUGGUUGCAUGCCAUCAUGGUACUGCCGAAACUCGGCACCGAGGAUGGUUAUCAUUAGUUACAUCAUACACACUCCGAGACAUGUCCAAUCCAAACGACCGCUUCCCCGCCCUUUCUGGUCUUGCAUCUCGGUAUCAGUCGAGUUUUGACCAGAAAAAUACUUACCUGUCUGGACUGUGGGAAUUGACAUUGGCUCACGAUCUUUCGUGGCGGGUUGCCAAGUUCGUGCCUCGGGAAGCAGUCGAUUCGAGCCAAACCUUUCCCUCUUGGUCUUGGGCGUCCUUGCCCCUCUGCCACGGCAUCGAGUAUGAGACAGAAGUUCAGACUCUUGGAGGUCUCGAAUAUGUAAGCAGUUGGAGUUACGAUACCUCUGACACAGUUUCCGACGACGACAUCUACAAAGGUUCACGAGUUGCUGGGCUCCGGGUGAGGGCAAGGUUGAGGCCGUUUUGGCAUGAAGAUGCCAGCCUAUGUCCAUGGGAUUCUAUUCUUGAGCAAGACCCUGGUAGCCAACGGGAUCGAUCUUCUACGAACCCUCUAUUCAACUUUUGGAUCGUACCGGAGCUGCCCGUAUACUCUGCUGAUACCCACACCGGCUUCAUAGUGGCCUAUGAAGCGAGGAAGCAGGAAAUCGUUGGGCAACUGGACUAUAUAUCUUCGGUUCACCGAGUUCUACAGCGUUCUUUGACAAUCUUCGCUUUGGAACUUACUGAAACGGCCUUUCUUCUCGUUGAGAGGAUUCAAGAUUCUCGCCUCCGACGCGUCGGUAUAGCGCGAGAUUACAGAACUGGAUUCUUUGAUGGGGUGGCUGUGUCGGAUUUUGAACUGGUUUAA